AUGGUCUCGCUGUGGGGUUCGAAAAACAACGACGAGGAGCAGCUCGACGAUGGCUCUACCACGCCUAGAGUCUCGUCCGAAGACACCAGACGUCCUCCGUCCAGACGUUCCUACGAGCGAAGAGAGCGUGAAGCAGACGAGAGAACCAGACUCUUGCCUGCUCAACCUCGUCCUCCCCACUCUGAUGGCUACCUAGACCCAGAUGACCCGGCUGUCUCUCCUUACAACCUCUGGACCGUCCGUUUCCUGAGAUACCUCACCGUCCUCUUCUUCCUCAUCAACUUCAUCUGGUGGGUUCUGCUCUUCGUGUGCAUCUUCGUCUCUCCUCCUGGUCUGCACACUAGAGGCUCUGGUUUCUUCGACUUCUCCUACAUCACCCUCACCGCUGGUAACCUUCUGGUCGCUAUCCUCUUCUUCUCUGCACCCUCCAAGGGCAUGCGCAUCACAUCGGGUAUCAUCACCGCCAUCUUGGCCAUCGACUUGAUCAUGAUUCUUGCCAUUCCCCGCCUCAGAGUCGAGGAGGGUUGGCCGGGCAUUGCCUCGAUCGCUUGGGCUACUCUUAUCAGCCUUUGGUGUGUCAUUACCGACAGAGUUGUGGCUUGGGGCAAGAAGGAGGAAGAAGAGCGUCUUACUGGUCGUGCUGAGACACGCAGGACACUGCGCGAGUGGUUGGCCGUCUCUUUGGCCACUUUGAUCCUUAUUGUCUUCACUGUCAUUACCGUCCUAAUGACCGCAACCCUUAUCUUGCGUGCUCGUGAUGCUACUUUGCCCAUGGAUGGCGAGCGGUACUACGUUGACGGCGACAAGUACCAGGUCCACCUUGCAUGCUUGGGCAACGUUACUUACGGCUCUGACGGUUCCGCCAACCCCACUCUUCUGCUCGAGGCUGGCGAAGUGCCUUCGGAGUACGAUUUCGAGCACUGGGCAUAUGCUGCCUGGAAGAACGGCACUAUCGACCGCUACUGCUACUGGGAUCGUCCCGGCUACGCUUGGUCUGACAGCGCUCCCAGCCCUCACAGCGCUGGUAUGUCCGCAGAUGCUUUGUCCGAGGCUUUGGCUGUUGCUGGUGAAGAGGGUCCCUUCAUCCUCGUCUCAGCCGGUUACGGCUCCAUUGUCUCACGCAUCUUCUCCGCUCGCCAUGUUCGCAACAUUGCCGGUAUUAUGAUGAUCGACCCUCUUCACGAGGAUCUCCUCCACCGCAUCGGCGGCGCAUACAGAGGCUUUGUGCUCUGGGGCUUCGGCGUUAUCUCACCUCUCGGAAUUCAGCGCAACUUUGGCGCCAUCUUCAACGGACGCACCCGCGAGGAUCGUGUCUACGGUCGCUCGGCUUAUCAAGGUGGCAAGUUCAUCAAGGCUCAGCUCCAGGAGAACCUCAUGGCCGAGUCUCUUACUAAGAACGAAGUUUCGACCGCUCGUACUAUCCAGACUCCCGAUGUUCCUCUCGUCAUCAUCAGCAGUGGCAUCAGCAACCGCCGUGACACCGAGUGGGAGCGUAAGCAGCGCGACCUGACCAAGCUUACCGAGAACUUGAUCAGCUGGGAUGUCGUCAACAAGGCCCCUCACGAGGUCUGGAGAACUCUUGACGGCAGAAAUGUCAUGGACAAGAGACUGAAGGACAUUGUCAAGCAGAACUACAAGGCCUUCUCGAUCAACGCGGAGGAGAUCUAA